GUUGGACCACCCGUGCUCCCAGGGCUUACUCAAGGCUGAGAUUCCUUCGAUUAAUCAUAUCCGUAUGAGAAUUAUCAUGUAUCUCCAUCUGCUAUAGUAUAUCCCCUAAACCAAAGUCAAGAAAAUGGAUGUCCUAUCUAUCCUCGUUUUCUUCAUCCCUGGUAUCCCCCUUUUCCCAACUUCCCAUUCAGACGCUGAUGAGGCGGAAUUGUUUAAACCCUCGCACCAUCGCUUCAAUAAAGGAUGGGUAACCCAAGGAUCAGAUGGGAGUAACAUCUCAGUCGAAAUUGACGAAUCUUAUCAUAUAGCCCGCGAUUCAAAAAGAGGCUUCUCUGCGCUUGUGUCGGGAUUGUGGAAUGAUAAUCCAGAAUCGUGGUACCGACUAGAAGGUUAUGAUUUCCUUGACACUGACGAGUCUCGUGCUUCCGGUCAAAAUAGCAAAAAGUCACGACCCUAUCUCAGAGACUUGAAAGAAUUUGUAAAGGGGCCUGAUAGAAAAUGGGGCCGGGUAGUUCGGGCCAUACGCUGUAUAGCUGUUGGAGACGGGAACUUGAGAGUUUUAAUCUCAUGUGGAAUAAUUACGUCCACGUCAGUUCGUAGAUAUUUUACGAGGCAUCCCGACCGCUCCCAUAUUGCCACGGAACGGUUUGCGUCAGAACUCACAAAGCUCGACGACCUAUACUGCAAUCUAAGAACUAGGGGAAACCAGAGGCCUCUGUUUCUCUUACAAUGUCAACAUGCCGCUCUAAAUAUAUUUACCCAUUUCCUAGAGUUGAUGGCAAUAACUUAUACUGAUCGCCGGAGCCGAGACUUCGAUCCUCGCUUAUCCGGGCUUCGACGGUGGCAACUGGAAGCAAUCAUGAGCGACUCCCAACUAUAUCGGGAAUUUUCGGAUUGUGGGAGUGAGCUAGUAGCUACGAUAGAGUCGUUACUCGACAUGGUCAUGGGUAUAACAGAAAAUGAAAACGACGACCAAAAGGUUGGGCUCCUAGUGCUUGACAAAGCUCUUCGAGGUUGCUGUAAGGACAUUAAGCUACGCCUCACUAGGUUUUCCGACGGUUUGGAACACAGCCUCAAAUUCCUGAGCAUGGCUCGAGAGUUAAACCAAUCCGGCAAUGUUCAGAAUUUGACGCUUCUGGCUACUAUUUUUCUACCCCUAUCACUCGCCGCGGGUGUACUCAGUAUGCAAUCAAGAUUCAAAGACUUGGGGACUUUGCUAUACGACUUCUUUGGCGUCGUAGUCCUCCUGGCGACUAUUGUCGUCCUCUUCCUCGGUGCCAUGUUUAUCUUGGCUAAUGUAAAGGAACUCGAGAGCAGGCUACUGAAGUACGAGAUUUACAGACAGUUUGGGCGACGGCUUCUUUUAAGUUCAUUCGCACUCAUACUAAUAACAUUCGGGGCUCUUGUCCUGUCAUCCUUCAUCGUGGGAAUGUUCAAGGAUGUCGUCCUUGGGGCUAGCAUCCUAGGCUAUGGAACACUCGUAUUGGUCUUCGGGCCAAUAGUUAUCGGAGUUCUCGCCCCAGGCAUAAAAUCAAUCGUGGACAAGUUAAAGGAAAUAUUUGAGCGUUUGUUCGAUGUUGUCAUCCGGGGGGUCAAUCGUAACCAGAAAAAGAAGCAAAAAGACGUAGAGAAGAAUCCAGGACCGCAACAAGGAGAAGCAGAAUCCGGAGAAAAGGGCGAUGAUAGCGGUCCGGCUACAGAAGUCCAAGUACAAGACGUUCAAGGCGUUAACGAUACGACUCUACUCUCGGAUAAAACUCAUACUAAUGCAGUUGACGGGGAAUCUAGUCGGUAACCAACCAGAUGCAUUUCCGGCUGUUUUGACUCGGUUGGCUGCUCUGAGAUGAUCACGCAUUACUAGCUUGGCGGGGGCACAAAGUACGGGAAGUAUACUUCUUGAAGAUUAUCACAGGCAAUUUGUGUAUAUAAAUCCUUCGUUAUACUUUGAGGUAUUUAGUAACCUCCUACUUGAAUCGUGGGUAAGUGAAUCUCUAAUGAAGAGGAUAUUACGGAUAUAAUCUAUCAUCAACUUCCAUAUCAUGUCUCAACCACGGUAAUUAGAGGCGAUGGACAAAGAUUCCCGCAAGACGUUGGAAAAUAGCCGCCAUUCAUGGUUAAUAUUACUUAUUGUAGCCUCUUA